UACUGUUGAUGUGGUUUACGUCAUCAUUACGCGACAAAAACUAAGCACGAAGAGGAACGCUUACGGGCUGCUCCAGACUAAAGAAAUGGCACCAUCACCUAUCAAGCGGAAGGAGGAGGAAAAGACCAAAGACAGAGGAAAGGAGAAGACUGGUUCAAAGGAGGUGGUAGACAAGGACAGAGGCCGAGAGAAGGGCCGGAAACGUCGCAAUGCCUCCACAGGAAGCAGCAGCUCGUCCUCCAGCAGCAGCUCGGGCUCCAGCUCGGGCUCCUCCAGUGGCUCCAGCUCGUCAGGGUCCAGCAAGUCCGGUUCCUCCAGCUCGCACUCCUCCAGCUCCUCCAGCUCCUCCGGCUCGCCCAGUCCCGGCCGCCGUCGCCACGACAACCGCAGACGCUCCCGCUCGACGUCCAAAACCCAAAAAAGGGGCGACGAUAAAGAUCGAAAGAGGAGAAGCCCGAGCCCCAAACCCACCAAAGUUUACCUCGGACGACUGACGAAGAACGUGACCAAGGACCACAUCCAUGAGAUCUUCUCCGUCUACGGGAAGAUCAAGAUUGUUGACAUGCCAGGGGGCAAGCUCCACCCCAACCUGUCCAGAGGCUACGCCUACGUGGAGUUUGAGACCCCAGAGGAGGCCCAGAAGGCCCUCAAACACAUGGAUGGAGGGCAGAUUGACGGACAGGAAAUCACUGCCUCUGCUGUGCUGGCUCCCAGACCACGCCCUCCACCUCGCAGACCCUCCCCUCCCCGCAGAAUGCCUCCACCCCCCCCAAUGUGGCGUCGCACGCCACCCCGCAUGAGGAGACGGUCUCGGUCACCAAGGAGACGGUCUCCCGUGCGCAGACGCUCUCGCUCCAGGUCCCCUGGGCGUAGGCGUCACCGUUCCCGCUCCAGUUCCAACUCUUCACGGUAGAGCUACGACAUCACUGGACCCCACAUCCAGGAACCCAGGACCCCCACCCUCAUCCUGCUCCAUCUCCCGGGACACCAGCCCACUGGACCCGAGAGAUUUGGCUGGAACUAGAGGCUAUCCUCCCUGGACCAGUUGUCCACUUUCCCCAUUGUGUCUUGUCUCUUUACUUUAUAGAUGACAUGUCUUAGAUCAAUGUAUUGUUCGGCCCAACCAAUAAGACUCAAGAAGUCUCAACCCUUGUUUGUUUCAUGCUUUUCGGUUAAUUCAUCCACAUAAUUAUCAGAUUUUCUUAAGCUGUGACAAGACCUCUUUAGUAUAAUGUUUUAUUUUGUACAAGUUUUGCAAUUAAAUGUGAAAUAUCAAUUUGA